AUGACGACGGUCACAGUCGACGAUUUCAAAAGACUUAUACAUCCAUUGGAGACGCAUCCAUUGCUCACCCCGAAGGAGGCCAACAAUCUCACGUACCAAAUCAUCGAACUAUUAAUGGACAAACCCUGUACAAGCCAACUCCUGCAACUACUAGCACGUUAUUUAACCCCGCAAGCAUACGAUGCACUUGUUGAGGAGAGAAUAAUUAACCACCAUUGUGGGUAUCCGUUAUGUCCAUACAGCAGUUCGUCCAUUCAUGAUGGCGAAGUUAACACUGUUGCUAAGAGACUCAAUAUGCGAGCUUAUUACAAGACGAGGUACUGUUCCAAGAGACACUAUCAAUGUAGUGAAGUUUUCAAGAGACAGUUGAAUUCAGAUGCACUGUUCAUGCGGGUAGACUUGGAUAGAGAGUGGUUUACAGAGGGGAGUAUAGAAAACGGAAUAGUGUUACUCGAGGAGGAAGAAGGAGUGGUUAAAAGCUUGAAUGGGCUAACUAUUGACUAA